AUGUCGCCGUCUGCAUAUCAAAGAAUCAAAACCUCGAAGGAGAGCCGCAGAAACAUAUAUCGCAAUGCCAGAGACUGCUCCUCCGCCCCCGCCCCUUGGUUGGCAGGACACGGACCCCUCGACUCUCCCAGAGUUCCUAAAAAACCUACCUCCUGCCCUGAUGUGUCACAAUAUCCGCAAUUUCCAAAUGACAAACCGUCAUCCUUUGGGGGGCGUGGUACUCUCGAAGCUCGGCAAGUAACGCGCAUUCUCGAGAAUGCCAGGAUCCCGUGCUGCAUUUGUGGGAUCGGUGCCCUGAUAUAUUAUGGUGCUGCCCGAGUAAAGAAUGAUUGGGAAAUUUGCGUACCCUCCGAGUCGAAGGAUAGAGCUGAGGCGCUGCUGAAGUCGGAGAAUUACAUCGACGAGUACAUUUCUCUACCACCAUGGCCAUUUACGGGCGUGGGAUCCCUUAGUUAUACUUAUACUCGCUUCAAGUUUACAGGAGUUUCAUUCUACUUUGUCUUGGUUCCGUCGAAAGACAUUCAUCUUCCCUGCGAACCCCAAAACUUUCAGCGAAGUCAUAACGAUCUACCUUUCCCUAAGUUGGAUUUAUUGAUCCAGAGUUUCCUCGAAAUGAACGACCACGUGUCUUUAGCCGAUGCUAUUGACGGUAGCAACGUAUCUGAAAAAUGGGGUGUCGAAAAUCUUGACUUGGAAGGCGAAGUGGACCUGGGUUGGGCGGAAUGGAAGAACAGUAUCAUACGACAAAAAGAUGGGAACGGGCCCCACUUUGGAUUGAAUCCAAUAAGACAACAUGUUGAGAAACGUUGGCUCUGGGAAUUCAUGGUCAGGAAUAAAGGGGGAAGACGAGGGUGGACCCAGCCCACGGAGCUGUUCGCCACUCGGUUUCGACUGCACGGCGACUCUGAUCCGUGGCUGGAGAAGAGAGAUAAUUGCUAG